AUGGCCAGCCCAAUUCUCCGGAUGCGAGCUCUCGGGGCUGCGCGUCAUGUGCGCAGCUUCAGCUCGACCCCGCGACAGCAUGCCGCAGAUGUCAAAAGCCUCGGUGUCAUUGGAGCCGGCCAGAUGGGCCUCGGGAUCGCCUUGGUCGCGGCCCAAAAGGCUCAGGUUCCCGUCACGCUCGUCGACAUGUCUGAUAAGGCGCUGGGCAAGGGCCUCGCGUUUGCCGACAAGCUGCUGGCAAAGGAUGUUGCCAAGUCCAGAAUCACGCAGGAGCAGGCCGAUCAGGCGCGAUCCCGGCUGACUACUAGCACCAAGAUCGAGGACCUGUCUGCCGUCGACUUCGUCAUCGAGGCGGUGCCCGAAAUUCCCAAGCUGAAAUUCGACAUCUUUGGCAACCUUGCCAAGAUCUGCCCCAAGCACGCAAUCCUCGCGACCAACACUUCUUCCAUCUCCAUCACCCGCAUUGCUGCCGCGACCACUUCGGACCCCACCGACACCUCGGCCUCUUCUCGCGUUGUCUCGACGCACUUUAUGAAUCCUGUGCCCGUGCAAAAGGGAGUCGAGAUCAUCAGCGGCCUCCAGACGAGCAAGGAGACUCUCGACACGGCUGUUGAAUUUUGCAAGAAGCUGGGCAAGGUACCAUCGGUGUCUGCUGACUCUCCCGGAUUCCUGGCCAAUCGGAUCCUAAUGCCUUAUAUCAACGAGGCUGUCAUCUGCCUCGAGACGGGAGUUGGGGACCGCGAUUCCAUCGACGCCAUUAUGAAGAACGGAACGAACGUGCCCAUGGGCCCGCUUCAGCUUGCAGACUUUAUCGGCCUCGAUACCUGCUUGGCCAUUAUGAAGGUGCUGCACCAGGAGACUGGCGACUCCAAGUAUAGGCCCAGCGUUUUGCUUGGGAAGAUGGUGGAUGCCGGGUGGAUGGGAAAGAAGAGCGGAAAGGGCUUCUAUGACUACUAG